AUGUUCGACUCGACUAAAGGUGCAUUGUUAGUCGCGCCGUCUCUUUCUAACAGCUCGUGCGGCCUCAACGGUAAAGGUUGGCCGUCUACUUUUCCAGCAACUGAAGACAUACUGAAAGCCUUCUUUAUUUUUACAAUAUCUAUGGCUAUUGUUUUUAGCAAUCUGGUACUCAUUUGUGUUCUGAAUAACAGGAGAUAUAUCAAGUAUAUUGACAAUCAGCCCAGGUACUUACUGACGUCUUUGGCUCUCAACGACUUAUUCACAGGAAUCCUCAUAGCCCCCGUGGCUCUUCUGCCAGCGCUGUACAAGUGUUGGCCGUACGGCGAAAUAUUCUGUCAAAUUCAAGCACUUUUAAGGGGAGCUGUAAGUCAACAAAGUGCUAUUAUCCUAGUUUGUAUGGCGAUAGACAGAUAUUUGUAUUUGCUACACCCGAAUGCUUACCAGAAACAUUCAAGUAAAAAGGGUUGCGUUCUUGUGAUUAGUGUCACUUGGAUACUAUCAGUGUCUCUGUUCGCUAUUAUGGUCUUACCAAGAUCUGGAUAUUACUUCAAUUCUACUGGAUUAAUGGCAUGUGACGUAUUUCACAGUAGGAUUGCGUUCAGAAUUCUGGCGUGUUGCGCGUAUUAUUUUCCAACAACUAUGGCGUUGAUGUAUUGCUAUGGAUCAGGAUUUCACGUUAGUAAAACAAGAAAUAAAUGUAGUCAAGAUACAAGGCCUAAUGGAGUUCCAUUGUCUUGCGCUAAAAAUCAUAAUGAAAUUGAAACAAUUCAAAUACAAGCUCCAGUACGACCACAUAGCGUGAGCACAUCUCGUACAAUGGCUGCAAUGUCUUUAGGAUUUAUUGUAAUGGUAACUCCGGCAACUAUUCAAGAAGUAGUAGCGGCUUGCACGGGUUGCAAGGUCCCACCAAGCUUAGACUUCUUAGUAACAUGGCUAGCACUGAGUGACAGUUUUUGGAAUCCAUUUCUAUAUUGGCUAUUAAAUAGCCACUUUAGAAGAAUAAGCAAUGAGUUAAUUCAGUAUUAUAUAUGUUGUCGAAGGACGAAAACUUUCCAAAGCUUUGAAAAAUCGACUGGUUGCUGUGGAUCUUCAAUAACAUCUGAUGGAUUACAUUCAAAGGGAGAGUUUGAAGGGCUUGGUGAGAAAUAUUGGGGUGAAAUAUUAGAACGCACAGUAUCGUCAAAUUCUUUACAUGCUAUCCAAAAAGCAUGCCACAGAGAUCCCAUUCGAUGUUCAGGGUCAUUUAAAGCUUAUCCUACUUGCAAGCAUGGUUCAAGAUUUUUUGAUGGGUAUAGUCCAACUGAUUACAGACAACUAGAUAGAUCUGCUUUCCAUAUCGAUCAUUGCUCAAGACAGUGCAGAUUUAAAAGUUCGGACUUCUGUCUUUUUAAAUCUGGCCUUGAAUGCGGUCGUUCUCGUUCUAAUCUUAGCUUAGAUGAAGGCAACUUCAGUAAAAUAUGUAAUGGACGACAUCCGGAAUUG